AGCUAGUUAGCGGCGCAGUGUUACCACGGUACUUGGACUCACUGAGACACGCCGGCGCCGCAGCGAGAGCUUUUUCCACUAGAAAUCUCCAGAAGCUCACUGAAAUCAUGGCAGAUGAAGGAUACGUGGUCCGUGUGCGAGGUCUACCCUGGUCUUGCUCGGUAGAUGAAGUGCAGCGAUUUUUCUCUGAAUGCAAGAUUGCAAGCAAUGGUGGGAGUAUCCACUUCACGUACACCAGAGAGGGCCGACCCAGCGGAGAGGCGUUUGUGGAGUUUGAGUCGGAGGACGAUUUGAAAGUGGCUGUUAAGAAGGACAGAGAGACGAUGGGCCACAGAUAUGUGGAAGUGUUCAAGUCAAACAAUGUAGAAAUGGACUGGGUCCUGAAGCACACAGGUCCUAACUGUCCAGAGACGGCAGGCGACGGCCUUGUGCGACUGCGAGGUCUGCCCUUUGGCUGCAGCAAGGAAGAAAUUGUUCAGUUUUUCGCAGGGUUGGAAAUCGUGCCAAAUGGGAUAACAUUGCCGGUGGACUUCCAGGGGAGGAGUACGGGGGAGGCCUUCGUGCAGUUUGCUUCACAGGAUAUAGCUGAAAAGGCUCUAAAGAAACACAAGGAAAGAAUAGGGCACAGGUACAUUGAGAUCUUCAAGAGCAGCCGCGCAGAGGUGCGGACCCACUACGAGCCCCAGCGCAAGCCCGUGGGCAUGCAGAGGCCGGGCCCAUACGACCGACCCGGCGGGGGGCGCGGCGGUGGCGGCUACAACAGCAUGAGCCGAGGGGGCUCCUUUGACCGCAUGCGCCGCGGAGGAUACGGUGGAGGUUUAUCAGAUGGUCGCUAUGGUGAUGGUGGCUCAUCCUUCCAGAGCACAACCGGCCACUGUGUGCACAUGAGAGGCCUCCCCUACAGAUCCACCGAGACCGACAUCUACAAUUUCUUCUCGCCGCUGAAUCCGGUGAGAGUGCACAUAGAGAUCGGGCCAGACGGCCGGGUGACUGGGGAAGCAGAUGUGGAGUUCGCCACACAUGAGGACGCAGUAGCCGCCAUGUCCAAAGACAAGGCCAAUAUGCAGCACCGCUAUGUGGAGCUGUUCCUGAAUUCAACAGCAGGAGGCAGCAAUGGUGGCUACGGGAGCCAGAUGAUGGGAGCAAUGGGAAACCAAGGUGGAAUGAACAGCAGUUACUAUGGCGGCGGUAGCCGGGGAUCCAUGGGAAUGAACGGCUUGAACAGUGGAAUGAGCAUGGGGGCCGGCUGGGGAAUGUAGACCUCUUCCACCACCACCACCAUUUCCAACGUUCCCUUCCACCCCUCUUUAUCUACAAGUGCUGGUUAGCACCAAGGGAUUUACUGAACAACAGGACUUUUGUCAUCUAAAAUUCAAGCUUUUGUUUCGUUUUUCCUUGAAAUGGCAAAUUUGGCCUAGGGAGUUAAGAUGUGAAAUGUUUUUUGUUUACUAAUGUGAAUGGUGGAGGAAGGAUUUCUUACAGUACAUUGUGAAUGACCUGAGGAAUGCUGAACUUAUGUACAGUCUUGUGUAAAUUGAACCCAUCUAUUUAAAUGUUCCUACUUUCCUCUAACCCUAGUUGCUCUUGUAGUCGCCUUUGACAGUAUUACAGAAAGUCUUAUGGGACAAACACUAUGCCUCUGCUGGCACACAAGACAAUGAACCUUUCCUCGUUUUCUAGUCAUACGCUGACAUCUGUUAAGGUUUACAAGUUUUGAGUUAUGCGAGAGGUUUUACAGUAUGAAAGAAUUCAAUUUUAAGUUUCCUUUAUAUUACCGGUAGUACCACAUAGGUUAAGGUUUAAAAAAAAAAGUUUUCAGCUGUAUCAUUGCUCUCCAUUGUUUUCCUGUAAAAUGUUUUUUCCUAUGAUCUUUCAUAGCAGCAUCAUCAUCAUUCAUUACAGUGCUCUGCACAGAAUAGCAAAAAAUCUUCCAUUGUACUCUUCAAAAAUGUCAUGUACAACUGGCAUAGUUGGGGAAUGUUUAUUAAACUCUGCAGUCAUUUCUUAUCAAA